GAGAUCAUACUCGUUGUAUUACAAAUUUUCAUUCCUUCUGCGCACGUUAGUUUUGAUUGGAUCAAGUAGGAUUCGUAACUAGCAGCAACGCGCAUGCACAUUAACAAAUUUCAAGAUGUCAAGUGCAUAUACCUAGCGAUCUUCUAUUUUGUAUACCCUUUAUGAUGAUAUGAUCAUGUAUGGAGAUCUGGAAUUUGGAAAUUUGAACGUAGAAGAUCUGAUGCUGGAUAAAUGUCAAGCCCCUACUUCGUUACUCCUAUUUUAUAUUAUUCUCGUUCUCAUCUGUUCUUUCCAGUCACAGAUUUUUGUUCACAGGGUAUAUAGCCGAUGGAGUAGAAAGUAUAUAGCAGUGGGGGUAACACCAAUUCGUAGGGAGCUUGUUGAAGUUAACGGCAUUGCGCGAAAUGGGAAUGAUUUUUCGUAAAUAAAGUAUAUACACAUUGGAGAUUACAUCUGACUUCCCUAGGGAAAAUGGUGACCAAAGGGAAGCGGUUCCCACCAUCUCUCAUAACACAAAGCAAUGGCUAGCAUUAUGUUUAAAUACAGGCAUCUUUGGAGUUGAUAAAUAAUAAAAUUUUUCUAUAUAAAUAUUUACUUUUAAAAGCAAACUAGUUCAUUUUGUGUCAAGCAUAGUCAAAUGUGAGAUGGUGGCUCCCUCAGUUCCAAUGUAUAAUACUUUUCAAAAUAAAAAAUAAUUUUGAAAAUAUGUACUUAUAUACAAUAAUGUAUUAUAUAAGUUUAAUUAAACAUAUAACUGCUGCAUAAGCAAAUACAAUGAAGUCAUAGCUUAGUCGUCAGCAAACAGUGAUGACCUGAUGUAUUAUAAAGAUGAUAAGACUGAACAAUAUAUAUGUGUAAAAGAGGAAGAGGAAUGUUUUACAGUUACCUACAGUAAUUUUAAUAUAAAAAAUGACAGCGUAUACAGUAACAUCGGAAAUAUUUACAGAAAAUAGGAAUGUUUACAUAAAAGUUAAAGAGAACUGUGCAAUAUCAAAUUUUAUUUUUAAAUAUCCAUCUUAUAUGUUAAAACCAAAAUGUACAAAUGGAAGUAUAACUUAUGAUAAAGAUAAUGAUAUAGAUAUAAACAGACAACAAAAAGGAAAAUUGGCAAUAGAACAUUAUAUAUCAACGGAAUUACAACAUGUUGGAUUACAAGUAUGGCGAGGUGCCCUCUUGUUAGCUGAUUAUAUUUUAUCAAAUCCUGAUUUAUUUAAAGAUAAAGUAAUUUUAGAAGUAGGUGCUGGUGUUGGAUUAACCAGCAUAGUAGCUAGUUUUUUGGCUAAAGAAAUAAUUUGUACAGAUAUUGACAAGAAAGGAAUAUUAAAAUUGAUACGUAGAAACUUUUUACGAAAUCAUACUUAUAUUAAGUCUAAAGUUUAUAUUCAUGAAUUAGAUUUUUUGAAUUUAAAAUGGCCAACAUUUUAUAAAAAAAGAAUAAAUGAAGCAAACAUUAUUUUAGCUGCAGAUGUAAUUUAUGACGAAGGUAUAACAGAAGGAUUUGUUCAAACAUUAGCAAAGCUUCUAAAUUCAUCAAUAUCAAAAAUUGUUUACAUUACUUUAGAAAAAAGAUUUGUGUUCACUACAGCCAAUAUGGAUACUACUGCACCAAUGUUUGAAGAAUUUUUAAAAUGCAUUGAAAAACAGCAAUUUAAUUGGCAUAUUGAAUAUAUUAAAAUAGAUUUUCCACAAUACUUUCAAUAUGAUAGAGUAAAAGAAAUGAUUCUUAUGAAAAUAGAAAACAAAAUAAAUGAAAUAAUUUAACAUAUAACAUGUAUGUGAUAGUGUGCUAUAAUUUUGAACAGUAUUAAAUACAUAAAUUAUUGUACAUAAUCAAAGAAAGUUAUAUGUUUAAUAAGUGGUAUAGAUAUUGGCAUAUUAGAUAGUGUACCUGACUACUUAUGUUUUAAAAAAUUCGAGAUAACAUUUAUGUAAUCUAGGAUAGUUGAUGAUAAGAAAAUAUCUUAUAUUUAUAUUUUCAUUAACUAGUUUCAUUAUAACAAAAAUAUUAGCAA